CCAUACUGCGAGAUUCUACGUAACUUCUUUACAACGUUGCUGGUUAUAACUGCAGGAAAUGAAUAGAAUUUUUCACCCGAGAGGUCUUUUUAGUUUUAAUACGACGACCAUUUUCCAGUAUAACGGCUAACGCAAGCACGAAGGGUACACUAUGCCCAGACUUCGACAAGUUCGCUCCCCUUAUACAGCUGGGGACUGAAACCCAAGAUCAUGGAUAAGGAUAGCCAUGCUUUUUGGCAGCACUCGACCAGAUCGAUGUCCAGCUCCCCUCCUGGAGACCCCACGGCAGACAGCUCUCGCUACGAACACCUCCUUGUCACUCUUCAUGAAGGCGUCAGGACUAUCACCUUCAACAGGCCUGAGAAGAAGAAUGCUCUUAAUGAAAAGAUGUUUGAUGAGAUAGUUGUGGCCUUGCAAGAGGCUGCAGACGAUCCAAAUACCGUUAUCACAGCGACAACAGGUUCUGGAAAUGUGUUCACAGCAGGGAACGACCAGAGUAACUUUCGGACUUUGACGAUGGUUCAGACCAGGGACAUCCUCAUCAGAUUCAUCGGGGCCUUUAUAGAUUUUCCAAAACCUUUGGUGGCCUUGGUCAAUGGAGCAGCUGUCGGCGCAGGCACUACCCUGCUGCCACUUUACGAUAUUGUUUAUGCCAAGGAAAAAGCUAUCUUUUUCACGCCCUUCUCUGCGCUGGGCAUCACUGCUGAAGGCUGCUCUACUUAUACCUUCCCAAAGAUUAUGGGUCCAGGACAAACUACAGAAAUGUUGUUGUUUAAUAAAAAGGUUUCAGCUGCAGAAGCAUACAGGCUAGGCCUAGUGACUGACGUCUUCCCAGAGGCAACAUUUCAGCAAGACGUGCAACAGCGAUUACAUUCAAUGGCUAAGUUGCCACUGAAGUCCCUUGUGUACACGAAGGCAUUAAUUCGUGACAUUCACAAGGAAGCCUUACAUAAGGUAAAUGUUGCAGAAUGCCAGCGAGUCAUAGAGCGUUUUGUAGCCGUGAACUUGCCUGGCAAAGAGGAAUAUCAAGAGUUUGUCAUGAGUGACUGCAAUGGAAAAGCUUAGCGGGAGACAAGACGUGGCGUUUGUGAAUUAGUUUGAUUUAAUUGAUAUAUUAAAAAUGGUACAGAAGACAAGAUAGGAGAUACUUUUUUUAACGGGAGACGAGACAUGGGAUUUGUGAAUACUGACCUAUAUUUUGAGUAUCCACGUGACAUAUGCUUUUUUUCUACUUUACAAAAUGUUCCUGCUUUUCAGAAGUGAUGAUGAAUAUACUGAAUGAUUAGUCU